GGAAGGAAGGAAAAGCCCAGAGGGGGAGGGGGUGCCCAUGGCCUCCAACGGCUCCGCUGCAAUUCGGGAUUCCCCCCUGGAGCCGGGAAUUUUCCUGGAUGAGGAUCUGGGAUCUGACUGGUACAUCUACGAAUCCACAGAAUCCACGCCCCAGGAUGACCUUUUUCCCGACUCGAUCCCGGAAUGCCACCCCACAAUUUCCCCCCGGAUGUACCACACCAUCAUGGCCCCCAUUUCCCUGGCCGUGAUCCUGGCCUUGUCCUUCCUGGUGAAGCGCCGCCGGCUUUACCGGGACUGCUGGAAUGGCGUCCCGGGAUUGCUCAGCCCCGGGAAUUUCCUGGAAGAGGACGGGCACCGCGGCCUGGCCGCCGCCGUGUUCGGGAUCCUGUUCUCGGCUCUGUGCCAGCUCGUACUGGACAAGGACCCGCUGCCCCUCGCGGCCCCGGCGACCCCCGGAGCCCGCGAGUUCUGGAAGAUCCUGGCACUGCUCUACUACCCGGUGUUCUACGCACCCUUGCUGGCCUGCGCCAGCCCCCGGCACCGCCUGGGCUACGCGGCCGGCGCGCUGCUGGCCUGGGCUCACUGCGCCGCCCAGCUGGGCCACCGCCUCCAGUGUCCUCUGGCCACCAAGAUCCACAGGCUGUACUCCCUGCUGUCCGAUGUCCCCAUCCUGCUGUCCCUGUCCCUGCUCAGUCUCUGGUACCCGGUGCUGCUCGUGCACAGCCUGCGCCAUGGGGACGGCUCGGAGCCGGAGAUUCCUGGGAAGGCCUAUUACCAGAAGUACCUCAAGGCUGUGCUGUCCAAGCGGGGCCGGAAGGAGAGCUUGGCCAAGAUUGACGAGAGCCCCUGGUCCCGGAUCCGCUCCUACCUGCGCUCCUACGUCUACGUUCCCGAGGAAGGAUUCCGGAUCCCGCUGAAGUUGGUGGUGUCCCUCACUGUGGCCGUCAUCGCCGUCUACCAGGUGGCCCUGCUGCUCCUGGUAGCCGUUGUCCCCACGAUCCAGAUUGUCCGGGCGGGAAUGACCAAGGACAUGGUGGUGCUGCUGGUCCAGUUCGGAUUGGUGCCCUCAGACAACCCGGCUGUGCCGGGGGACAUGGAAAAGGAGCUCAGCACCGUCCGGCACUACCUGUGGUCACUGGAAGUGUGUUACAUCUGCUCGCUGGUGCUGUGCUGCCUGCUCACCUGCGCCAUGCUGCUCCGGAGCCUCGGCAUGCACAGGUCCAACCUGCGGGCACUGUACCAGGGCGCUGUGCUGGACGUGUUUUCCAAGGCCCACAUCCUGCGACCUUCCCGGGAAGCCGUCGUCUGCUGGAUCGCCUUCUCCAGCUUCCAGGCAGCCUUCGCCUGCCUGGGUCUCCUGAUCCAGCAGAUCAUUUUCUUCCUCUGCUCUGUGGCCUUCACCUUCCUGGUGGUGAUCCCGCUCCAGGCUGGCACCAGCUCCCCGCUCUUCGGGAUCAUCCGGAACAUGUGGCCCUUCUGGCUGACCCUGGUGGUGGCCGUGCUCGUGCAGCAUCUCCUGGCUCGGUUUCAGUUCCUGGAGCAGCAUUCCCUGCAGAAGGAGCUCACCAACAGGCGCGCCCUGUACAUUGUCACCUUCCUGCUCUUCCCCAUCAACGUCCUGGUGGGAGUCCUGGCCGGAGUGUGGCGUGUGGUCAUCUCUGGCCUCUACAACGCCAUCCACCUGUGCCGGCUGGACAUCAGCCUGCUGCAGCGUGGUGUGGAGACCUUCGACCCAGGGUACCACACCUACUGCCACUACCUGAAGGUGGAGGUGAGCCAGUGCCACCCACUGCUGAGAGCCUUCUGCUCCCUGCUGCUCCAGCCUGGCCGGAACAAGCCACCAGCAGCGCCCCGGGACACACACCUGGAGGAAGGCCUCCAGCUGAUGCAUCCCAAGCAUCCAGCUCCAGGAAAAGCACGGAUCCAGCGGAUCCGGGCGCGCUGGUGGGUGGCCUACACGCUCCUGCACAACCCCUCGCUGACCGCUUCCCGAAAAACCGCGCUGGCCGAUCCCGCGGCCAACGGCGCCCAGCUGGGCAUUCCCAGGCCCUGAAUUCCCCGGAAUCCCACCCCCCAUCCCAUCCCAUCCCCGUCUCCCCCAGUGGGAUUUUCAGGCCCUUCCCACCCCCCUUUCCAUCCUCUGGACUUUCUCCAAGGGUUUAUCCUGAAAUCCGUGCUGAACCAGUCCUGAGGUGACACCUCUGAGCCCGGCCUGGAGCCGAGCCAAGGAAAACAUUCCCAAAAAUAUUUUGGGAUUCACUCCUGCAAACGAGCCAGUUCUCAGCAGCUUUUCCAACAUGGCACAACUCCCAAAAAACUGGGACAGGAUCGUGGGGGCAUCCUCAGCCAGCUGAAGGAAUUCUCAACCACCAGGAAUUACCCCUGGGACAAAAUUCCCAUUCCCAGCUUCUCCCUUCCCUAUCCCGGUUCCAUCUGGACCCUGCAUCUGCUCCCAGGAUGUUUUUUCCCCCAAUUCAUGAAGGAUCAAAUCCCCCCCUGCUCUCUGUCCUCUACCGUUCUGAAAUUCGUGGCAAUCCCGCGGUUUUCCGGGGCUGGGAUCCAUGGAAAGCCUCCCUGGGAAGGAGAAUAAACAGAUGCCUCAUCCCUAACCCCAAACGUGCAUUCUCCUUGGAUAUUCCCAGUUCCAGUGGGAUUUGGGACCAUCCCAGACCCCACUCCAGGGAAUGGUUGGGAUGACCUCGCCCAGUAGAGAUUUUGGGGAUCUGCUGCAGUUGGGAAUGUCAGGAUCCAAUCCGUGAUCCCCCUUUAGGGCGGUUUUAGGGGAAAUCCCAAG